AUGACUGUACGCUCGAAGAUUUUCUUGCCGCUACGUGGACGCGUCGUCUCCCGACCAUUCUCCGUGUCCCGUCCCCGCUGGGAGGCCGCGCCACUGCCUACAAGCAAGCCCGUUGGUGCUUUCCGUGGAGGAGUCUUCGGUUUCCUAUCUGGCGCUGUUGUUGCCGGCGCGUCGGUAUACUACUACAUCCUAGGGGAUUACCGAGUCGCGAAUGAGAUGUUGACGGAUGACAUUUCGAGCUCUCUUGCGACGCAGGCACUUCAGUCCGCUACACUCAAACUCCAGUCUUACAUUAAUGAGCUGGAGUCUAAAGUCAACCAGCUUCACAAGAAGUAA